GUAAAACCUGCGGUCACAUAAACUUUUGACUUCAGUUUCAAGGUAGUUUCCAUGUACUUUCACAAGAUAUUUCUGUAGAAGCAACACAUAAAAAAAUAUUAUUUUAUGGACCGUCAAAGAUCUUCUCCCUUAAGUUCCUAAUUGUUUGCAUGCACAUAUAUGUGUGUGUUUGCGCUUAUCCUCUAGUCAUUCAUCGACCAAACUGUGUUAACUCUUAAGUCUAAUUUAUAAUUAAGGUCUCUUGAGCUAUAAUACAAAGAUGACAACGGUAGUGGAAAUGGAAGUGCCAAUGGACUGUCCCGGUUGCGAGAACAAAGUUAGGAAAGCUCUUGAAAAGAUGAACGGAGUCCACGAUGUUCAGAUAGACAUAAAACAGCAGAGAGUAACGGUGACUGGUUCGGCCGAGCAGAAGAAAGUUCUGAAAGUUGCAAGGAAUGUUACAAAGAGAGAUAUAUGCUUAUGGUCGUACCCUUACCACCCUGAAUCUAAUGGAUAUAACGACAGGUACUUCAAGAAGAAGUUUCGCAAAAGAAUCAACAUGUCGGUGAACGGUGAGAAAGUGAGUUCCUAUAACUACCACAAGCAUGGCUACCACGGACACGAGCAUGGAUACUAUCAAGAACGGCCUUAUUCAGGUCUUAUCAAUCCGAGCGCUAGCUCCAUGUUCAGUGAAGAAAACCCUCAUUUCUGCAGCAUCAUGUGAUCGAUCUUCAUAUUUCAACAACUACGUGGGUGGAACAACUUUGCUUCGGUUUUGGUUGUGCUCAAUUUGUAUAUAAACAUGCAUGUAAUAAAAGUGUUUUGGUUUUAGAUUUGGUUUAAUUAGGGAAAGCUCGGGUCUAUAAUCUAUAUCAUCGUAAGAUAUAUGUAUGUAUGCAUAAGUAGAUAGCUCUUCUGUAACUUUUUUUUUUUUUGUGUGUGUGACAACUCAACGCUCAAAUCAAUAUUGUAAUAUUUAGUUAAGAAAUUCCGUCAGAAAUAAAAAAUAAAUAAUCGCAAG